UUCUCAACCCUGUUUGCAGGAUGCCAGAGCCCGCGAAAUCUGCGCCAGCCCCGAAGAAGGGGUCAAAGAAGGCGGUGACCAAGGCUCAGAAGAAGGACGGCAAGAAGCGCAAGCGCAGCCGCAAGGAGAGCUACUCUGUGUACGUGUACAAGGUUCUGAAGCAAGUGCACCCGGAUACGGGCAUCUCGUCCAAGGCCAUGGGCAUCAUGAACUCGUUUGUGAACGACAUCUUCGAGCGCAUCGCGGGCGAGGCUUCGCGCCUGGCGCACUACAACAAGCGCUCGACCAUCACGUCUCGGGAGAUCCAGACGGCCGUGCGUCUGCUGCUGCCCGGGGAGCUGGCCAAGCACGCGGUGUCGGAGGGCACCAAGGCGGUCACCAAGUACACGAGCUCCAAGUGAGCGUGCCUGCGCUGCUGCACUGCUGGUACCCCACCCCCAAAGGCUCUUUUCAGAGCCACUCACGUUUUCUAAAAAGGAGCAUUCACUG